UGUGAGGUUGUGCGAUUGUGUGUAUUUGCGUUCCCUCGCUUUAACCUGUGAGGAAGAGCACAACACAUUUCUGCAAUUUUCAUUUCAGUUUAAAGGAAGGUUCUCUACCAGUGGGAGAACUAAAAAAAUAAUAUCGAUUAUUUUCGCUGAAGCCACUUUUCCGAACCAGCGAAAAUCAUGUCUGCUCCGGCGGCUAAAGUGAGUAAAAAGGAACUGAAUUCGAACCAUGACGGAGCGGAUGAGACUUCUGAAAAAGAGCAACAGGAAGCCAUUGAACACAUUGACGAAGUGCAGAAUGAAAUCGACAGACUGAAUGAACAGGCGAGCGAGGAGAUUCUUAAAGUUGAACAGAAAUACAACAAACUACGCCAGCCGUUCUUUCAGAAGAGGUCAGAACUGAUCGCCAAAAUUCCAAACUUCUGGGUCACAACAUUCGUUAACCACCCACAAGUCUCUGCUCUUCUCGGGGAGGAGGAUGAAGAAGCGCUUCACUAUCUGACCAGGGUCGAAGUGACAGAGUUUGAAGACAUCAAAUCAGGCUACAGAAUAGACUUUUACUUCGAUGAAAACAUGUAUUUUGAAAAUAAAGUCCUCUCCAAAGAAAUCCACCUGAACGAGAGUGGAGACCCAACCUCAAAGUCAACAGAGAUAAAAUGGAAAUCCGGAAAGGACCUCACAAGUCGUCACAGUCAGUCGCAGAGCAAAGCCGGGAAGAAGAGGCAACACGAAGAGCCCGAGAGCUUCUUUACCUGGUUCACUGAUCACGCUGAUUCAGGGGCUGAUGAGCUUGGCGAAGUCAUCAAGGAUGACAUCUGGCCUAACCCACUGCAGUACUAUUUGGUUCCAGACAUGGAUGACGAAGAGGGAGAGGGCGAAGAUGAUGAAGAUGACGAGGAAGGUCUGGAAGACAUUGAUGAGGAAGGAGAGGAUGAUGGAGAAGAGGAAGAUGAUGAUGAUGGUGACGAUGGAGAGGAUGAUGACGGGGAGGACGAGUGAAGCGGAAACGGACGGUCGUAAUCCAACUUCACCCAAUCCCGUUCCCACCCUCCACCGUACUUUUGAUCCCCCGGUGUUUUUUUGGUUGUUGUUUUUU